UUAGGCAGACUUGCUAGCAAUUAUCUAACAAGCAAACAUCAAAAUAUAACCUGCAGUGGACGGCUGUAUGAGUUUUUCUCUUAAGGAAUACGGUAAGUCACUGAGAGAGAAAGCCGGGAUUGUUUGAAUAUUUUGGCGGCUGAGCUAAAGCUGUCUUUGUAAUAUAAUUUAUCUGAUAUUUUGGUGUCUUUGCACAGUUUUAGUGGCCACGGAAAGAGGCUUUGGUUAGCUAAAAGUUCAUGAUGUAAACGAAUAUCCAUGUCACGUUAUGAUGUCUGAUUUCACGUUAGCAGAGACAUCGGUGGACUUUAGUUAUUUAGCUAUGCUAGCAGUUAUUCUUUACUAACGCUUACUUAUUUGUAGUAUUUGGUUCUCGGAGUUUGCCAACUUGCGUUUUUUAACCACAUACAUGGGAGUACGUUUGGAUAUCAUGUUUUGGAAAUGGAAAACAUAAAUCUUGCGGAUGAGUCGUUUCCAAGCAUAUCAAGCAGCUACAGUGACCAGUCUUCAUUGGGGGACCUGACCCUCAGCCCAACUUUGGGGAUACCCGUUGCUGCCUCCACGGUGUCCAAAAUAAGACCUCAUGUCUCCACCACAGGACUGACAGAGGAGGAUGUGGAUGCUGGUCAUCUUCAUGAUGAGCUGGAACUGUACUUUAACGCGAUGGUGCCCCCAGUCAUGCAGAGAGGCCAGGUAGAUGGCCAGGAUGUCUCAGCAGAUGCAAGCGCCGUCUCUACAUUACAGACCAACCAGAGUGGUUUUCACCUCUUUGAGGGGCUCCAGAACCCACACGUGGAAGAUGAACUUGGCAUAUUGGGCACACAGGAGAAACACAGAGGGGCCUAUGGGCUCUCCUAUUUACCUCAUGAACCCCUAGGUGGCGCCAGUGAGGAGGACUCUGCAGGCCCAGGCCCCUCAUUGGAUCCAAAAUAUCUCUCUCAAAGCUUUCAUGAAGAGGAGGAGGAGGUUGGAAGUUGGAGCAACUGUCCCGAAGAUGUGGAGUUCCAUCAAGGUGAAAAUGAGAAACCCAGUGUUGUGUAUCAGAACGAGGAAGGGAAGUGGGUGACUGAUCUGGCCUACUACUCCUCCUUCGAGAAAGAGCUGGGAAGCCAUACGUCUAAGGACCUAGGCAGCCACUUCCAAAAUGAAGAGUUUGUCGGCGGCAGUAAUGCCUUUGAAAAAAUCGCAGAGGACCAAGAAGUGUUUGAGAAAGAGCACAGAUUCAUUCAGGAGGAGCAGAUGGAGCCUAAUGCCACCUUGGGUAUGGGAGAUCCCUCCUGGAAGCUGCCCACAAGCAGUCAUAUUCUCAUGAGGGCUUCCCAGAUUUCUUCUGACUUUGAGAGAGGAAAUCAGAGCUACCAACGACUGUCUUUAGGGGAAUUCUUCGAGCAAAGAUCGGAAGCCCUUGGCUGGCUUGGAAAUGAAGAGGAGGCUGUUAAACGGCCCUCAUUUGGAUACAUUAUAACAUCUCCAGAGAAGAGGGAACCCUUUCCUCUAAUUCAACCCUCAGACUUCGCCUCAAGCUCCUUCCACAGUGAAACCAUCGUGCUCAGUGACGCAGAUGAGCCAAUGAAUGCAGAUGACUUGGAGAAGACCCUGGUGGACAAUAUGGGCAUGGACAAUGUGAAGGAUUUGAAUCUCACAGCUAUGUUGGAAAAGGAUUGUGAUGAUAAUAGUGUACAACUAAGCAUCAGCACAAUUGCCUCUGCCAUUGCAAAUGCCUCCGUGAGCUCUGACCCCGCCCAGCUUGCUGCUAUGAUCAUUGAGCUGUCGCAGAAGAGCCACUUCAAGAGCAGCAUGACUGCAGCACAACAGACCCCUAUUGCAGGCAAUAUGAGUGUGUCUGAUAUGGAGAAAUACCUCCAGAGAGUUGAACUUUCAGCCAGUGACAGCGAAGUGGAUGCUUCCCAGUCCUGCGUCGACAUUCUUGGUUUGACCGCCGGCCGAGACGUCUCCCAUCAGAUAGCGGAACCUCCUGUUGAGAAUGAACUACUAGACACUGGGAUUCAGUCUGAUGAUGAGAGAAAAGGUGCCAUCGCUCAACCUAAGGCGGGCAGCUGCUUACCAACUGCUUUAAAAAUGUUGAGUUCCAUGAACUGCAACUUGCAGAAUACUGGAGAGCCCCCCCCUCUCAAAUCUGAAGUUUUGGCAGAAUGCAAGCCUGGAUCAGCAGCAAAGUCAAAGGUGCUUAUAGACUCUGACCGAAUCCUGACGUCCCAAGGCAUCUUUCCUGCUCCUGUGAGUAUCAAAGCAGAUGCAUUGAAGUCAUCUCCUGAGCACAGCACGCCGUCUGCGCAUCCACCAUCCUCCUUUAGGCCCUCCACUUCUCCUCUGACCCACUCGAGCCCUAGCCAGGCCUCCUCCGACACCAGAGAGGGAGUUUUGUCACCGGUCUCAUCAGAGGACCUCAUGAAGACCUCCCCCAGAGACCCUCCUUCUCCAGAAUUACUCCAGAACAACUCCAAUCUUAGUUUUUGCCGACUGACUUACCUCUCCAUCAAUGAUGGACAUGAUACUCCAGAUCACAAGAAAAAUACCACGAUGGAGCUGAGCACUACCAUCAUCAGGGCCAGUCCCACCCCUCAGGAAGAUCAAGUCAAAUCGAGAGAGGACUGUGCAGGCGCUUUUCAAGACUAUUCUGGAAACUUUCUUGAGCCGUCCAUGAGCCCAGAGGUUAAUCCCACUCAGUUCAAAGCUCCUGAUCCUACCCAACAGGUCCAUGUUCUGGGCCCACACGGUCAGAAUAGCUGUCAUUUCAAUCAAGGGACUAAAGACUUUCCACCAGACAAUAGGCCAACCACGCACUGCUCAGAUCUUCAUCACUAUGCAUAUGUUGGUGAUUCAGGCUACACCAGUAACAUUAACGUCCAACACCAGCAAGGAGGUAUCGAUGGCACGAAUCCGAGAUCCCUUGCCUCCCAACAGUGGCAUGGUGGUUCUGGCUUUGGUGUGCAGUCUGGCCCUACACCCCCUGUCUACAUGACGUCUGACCUGCGCUAUGCACCCCCUAUGACUAACUACAGUUCCAAUGCUAUGUCGUUGGACCGCCCACGAUCAACGUCUGCUCCUCUUUCAAGAGGCGCUCACUUCAGUGCGCACUCGGCCCAACAACACUGCCUGGAUGGAGACGCACCCCCACAUCAUCUACCCAGUCAUUUAGGCGGAUGGCACGGAGGAGGUCUCAAUCCUCUGUAUCUCAAUCCUGCUCAAAUUCAGAACCCUCACCAGUGUUUUAGAAAACCUUACAGCCAGCAAGGAAUUACACAAUGGGUGCCCAUAGAUGUCACUGAUCUUGGAGGCUCAGUGGUUGUGCCCGAUGAACUUAAAUUCCCCGGUCCUUGCUGUGUGGGCAUUGCCUCCCAGAUACCCCUGAGUAUAUUCAACCCCACGGAUCGUUGGCAACAGGUCAGCAUCUCCAUUGCCAGUCAGUCUAUCGAUGGCCAGCAGGUGGAUUUGAUUCCUUACCAGUGGAUCGUUGUUAAGAAUAAGACUGUUGUGUGCCCAAAGAGCACUGAAGAUCAGAAUGUCUUGUUCAUUGCACCACGGCCGGGUGUGUACCAGUGCACACUUAAUGUGUUGUCAUGGCCAGCUUCAGCUGAGCCAGAGUACGGGCCUCGGGCCAAGGUCUUCUCCAAGCGUAUAUUAUUCCGAGGCGUGGCGGAGAAUCCUGCUGUGGAGGUGGAAGUUGGUAAAUGUGGUUGUCUGUACUUUGGAGACCUCCCCACUGGCAGUUCCAAAGGCCUUCCUCUGAGACUGAUCAACAGGACCCAUGCUGUAGUUCCCAUUCGACUGGUCAUGAGUGCUAGUGGGACUGCGUGGCGCUGCUUCACCUUGUCCAAGAGUCCGAUGGCUGAGGGAGCAGUGCAUCCAGCAGGAAAUAGAACGACUCCUUCUGUUAUCAACUAUGUGUUGCAUGCUAGCAGUGGGGAUAGUCCUGAGAUAUUCAUGAUCUGGAUCCAUUUCCAUGCACCACAGAAGUACACUUCCACCACAGGAGAACUGGGGACUGCAGAGGAGUUCACUGCACGGAUUGAUAUUGAGUUGGACAGCCCUGGCCCUAGUCGUGUGAUCCAGAGUGUUGGGCUCAAGGCGCGGUCAGGAACCGUACGAGUGCAUGCCCCUAAGCAUCUACAGACUGUUUGUCUUCGCGCACCAUUCAGACAAUCCACUCAACAGAUUCUACCCUUGAAAAAUGCUGGCAACAUCGAUGUGCAACUCCGACUGAAGAGCAGUGACUGCUUUUCUGUUAAGCCAAGUGAGCUGAUGUUGUGUGCGGGCGAGGAGCAAGGGAUUGUGGUUUCCUUCACAGCUCAGGAGAAGCACAAAUGCAGCGAGAGUAUGCUCACCAUUCUGGUGCUGCCCUCUGGGCCCCAGUAUGAAGUGGUCCUGAAGGGAGAGGUUCAACCAGAGGACGAGGGGAAAGUUGUCCCUAACACUACCACCGUCUCACAAUGUCAGGUGCCACCAAUCCUCUCCAACAAGCAGUUCAUGGCCUGGGGAGGAGUCAUGCUUGGAAGGGCGAAGCAGCAGAAGCUAGUGCUCCGCAAUAACUCCUCCAGUGUGGCCCAGCAGCUGCGCCUACUGAUCAGGGGUCAGGACCAGGACUGCUUUCAGCUGCAGAGCUCCUUUGGGACGGAGGAGAGGCUGAGCCAGCACAGAGAGCUGACCAUCCGGCCCAAGGAGGACAUGGCGGUGCACCUGCUCUACACCCCCACACGCGUGGCCUGCAUGCUGUCGAAGCUGGAGAUCAAGCAGUCUUCAGUCAGGCCCUCUCAACCUGGCAUCAAAUUCACUAUUCCAUUGUCAGGCUACGGCGGUGCCAGUAAUGUUAUCCUGGAAGACUUGGAGAAGUAUUGUGAAGGCUACAUGGCCACACUGACUGGGGUUCGAGCAGGCAGUGUCAGUAAACUGUGUGUGUGUGUACGCAACACUGGUUCCCGAGCCGCUUAUGUCAAAGCCAUGAUCUACACCGACCUGCAGAAAUCUCAGCUUGCUGAUACCACAGUUUUCAGCCUGGCACCUACACAGUUUGUUCUAAAGGAACGAACAAAGGAGGUCAUCACUGUGCUGCUGAGGACCACUCCACGACAACAGGCCCUCUGCCAGUCCAGGGCUGCACUGCUUGCCACGGUCUGCCUCUUCUGUGGGGACGAGAUCUCACGCCAGCAGUACAAGAGGUUCCGGAGAAGCAAGCCUCAGAGGGUGCAUUCUGACGAUUCAGUGCUGAAGAAUAUUUCCUUUGAAGAGUCUUUCUUGGGUGAAGAUGAAGUCCAUGAAGUGUGUGACCUGCCCCUGCGGCCUAGUGAUGGACAGAUCUUCUUCACCAACAUGACGAAGGUGGCGCUCUCCCUGCUGGGCACCACAGACACUACACACUCCGUCGAUCACACAUCACUACACCAUGGAUCCGAGUCCGAUGGUGGUUGUGGCCCUUCAGAUCGUCAAGCCCACCAUGUGUCUCUGGACGUCCUCCCCGUGAAGGGCCCUCCCCUCGUAGCUAAGGAGGCACCGCAGAACCCCACAGAUGAGCACUGUGGAUCCUGGGGAGUUAAACCUGAACAGGUGGUUCUGAGAGCCCCUUCCAUUGGUGGUGUAGCCGACAUUUGCCAAGUCCAGAUUGUGAACCACUCAGGAUGUGAGCUGAGUUUUGAGUUGUCUUGGCCAGCACACUGUUUGACCAUCACCCCUCAAAAUGGAGUCAUUGAACCAGAGAGCCAUAUGCUGAUUCACAUCAGCCCCAACCCGUCCCUCGUGUCCAAGCCUCUCCAGCUCCCCUGGCAUGGACACGUGUACGUCCUGUGUGAUGGGCAGCAAAAGUUUGUAAAGGUGCAAAUCCAACAUGACUUGGCCAAGGAUGUCACUCUCACUCCUGGUGUAUCGGACAAGUCUGUGUUGCCCCUUCUGCUGCGACAGACAGAGAGUCCUGUUUUGCCCACUGCCAAAAUCCAGCCAAGGAGCGGCAGCCUGUCUCAAAUUGAGAUCAUGAACCGCAUUCUGGUCUUUCCAAUCACGCCCUGUGGAGAAAGCACAGAGUCUUCUCUUCAGGUGGAGAACAAAGGAGAGGAAGUCAGAUGGUACCUCUCAUCCCUCGCCCCACCGUAUGUCAAGGGUGUUGGAGGCACCGAAGACAUUUACCGUGCCACCUACACAGCCUUUCGAUGCCCUAAAGUCUCUGGUAUACUGGGGGCACAGGAGAACAUACAGGUGCCCUUCACCUUUCUUCCACGGGACGAGGGAGAUUAUGCCCAGUUCUGGGAUAUGGAGUGCCACCCAGUGGGUGAGCAGCAGCAGAAGAGCCGUCUGCGUUUCCAGCUCUGUGGCCUGGGUGUGAAAAGUCGAGCAGGCACUGGUGUAAAUGAAGGAGAUUCAUCUGUGGCCCAAACGGAAGCCUCCACCAAGUCGAGGAUGAAACCUGACUCUACAACCAAGACUGAGUCAAAGGAGGCACCCAUUAGAAGAGUAUAUGCUCCCCAGGAUAUCUACACUUUCCCAGCCACACGAUUGGGCAUGGCCCACACACUGAAGGUCAACUUCCGCAACAAUUCCUUUGACUCGCAUGAGCUUACCUUCAUAAGUCCCAAAGCACCCUUCCACAUCAAGCAUUCCAAAUAUUCCUUAAGAUCGCAGCAUUACAUCAACCUGCCAGUCCAAUUCAAACCCACCUCUGAAGGAUCCUAUGUGGGCUGCCUCGUCGUUCAGAUGGCCACAGGUGCAAACCUUCGCAUUCAACUUGUAGGUGAAGCCAUUGCUUGAGACUGUUUUUGAGACCUCUGUGAUGUCAUCAACGGAGUAGCUGGGGGGGCGGGGCUACUGUAAACUAGAGGACACUAACUUGGUACCCUGUGCCUCUGUUGUGGGGUACUAGUGAUACCAGCAACCUGUCAGCCUGAAGUCAUUUGCAGUUCAGCGACGCUUGAACAUUUGUAUCUAGAUUUUGAAACUGAAGAUUGGUGUUCCUAAUGCUACUGAUGCAUGGGGCAUCAUACACCAAUCAGCUCACGGGGCGUGCUAAUGUUGAUUUUGUACACUUUCAAGCAUUUUCUUAAACUUUAAUUUGAGAAUGAAUGCAUCAGCUGAAUCGGCUAAAUUUUGUAGCAUUUCUUGAAGGUUUUUUUGUAGCAUUAUUUGUUUUCAGAUAUUUAUUGUAAAUCUGUAAUUUUUGUGAUUGUAAAAUAAAGUGAUUUUUGAAUUGUGUCAUUGAAUCGUUUCUUUGUGAUCUACUCACAUUUCAGGACUUUACAGAGUGAAUUUCUUAUUUUGCCUUAAGUAUAUUACAUUAUUACCCCUUUCGAUCAGUUGUUAGUUCUGUGCCUCUUGUUGCCAAGCCAGCAUCC